CAAUUUUCUCCACGUGCAAUUUGAUUGGUUCUCGAACCAUUAUCGAACUUAGGCGCGAAAGUUGAAAUCAAAAAAAAAAAAUUUAGAGCCAAAGCUACUUGUUUUUGUCUAAAAAAGCUUUUGCUCUUUGCUUCUUAGAGUUUCUUUUUGAAUUUUCCAAAAUAUGAACAUGUAAACUUACUUCAAAAGUUUUUUUGGUCAUGUCUAAUACGACCGAAGAUAUAUCUUGCAAUGCGGAGAAAGAAAACCUGCAGUUUUUUAGCCAUCGUAAUCUUCAUUCUCAAGAUUCGAACGGUUCAAGUUGUUCAUCUUGUCCGUCGAUAAGCGAUUCUCCGGAUCUAACUUCGUUGAAGACUUCGUUUGAAAAAAUUCAUCCAAAUUAUUAUCCUCGAACUCCGAAAAAAUCUCUAAUACAAAAAGAUAAGAAACGUGUGACUCCUCGUAAGCCUUUGAAACCUAGCAAAAGUGAAAAUAAAUCCGAUCCAAGCUUUCGGGGUGUAACCUUAGAAAUGAAGACGAAUAUUAAAAGAAAUAAUACUGACAUGGAGACGCAACUCGUUAUUCGUUCGUAUUUUACGGCAAAAAGAAAAGAUUUCCUGGAAACCAGAUUCAAGUUUAAUAUUUAUGAUGGACAGAUGGAAGAUACUAAAGAUAAAGAGAAUUUUGAUGAACUAGGCUGUAAACGGAUAGGUAAUGUUAAAGCAAGAAAACAAUGUCGAUCCUGUGGCGUUUUAAAAACACCAUUAUGGCGAGAUGUCGAAGGCCGUAUCCCCCUUUGUAAUGCUUGUGGUAUACGUUACAAGAAAUACAGGAUUCAUUGCGAGAGAUGUUGGUAUAUACCUAGGAAAUAUGAGAAAGAUGUACCAGGCUGUGUUAUUUGUGGUCAUAGUUAUCAACUAGCAGUUCCAAGAAUUUGUUUUUCUUAGACAUUGUUUAAAGUAAAGUUUGUUGGGUGGUCAUUACGUUAUAGAAAAUGAUAUUUUAUAAAGAGCGUUUCUGUUCAUCUGUUUCAUUAAAUCAACAUGGAAUUAAGCUAAAGUUUUCAAUAAAACUUUAAUUUAUUAAACAUUUAUUCAUUUGAAAAA